GGGGUCAUGAAGACUAGCAGAGAUAAGAGAUACCUCCCUACUGUUGUCCGUUACUUAAACUGCGAAUGUUUACAGUCAAAUAUGCCACCCGCCUGCGAUGUCAUCCGUGUAAACAUCUGAUGUGAAAGCUAGUGGUGGUACACUUUCUUCCGGACACAAUGGCAGUAGAAAAGCGCUUGGCAUAUUCUAUCGUGCAGUUCCUUAGAGAUCAGACACACUGUGGCUCGCUGAAUUCAGAUGAACAGGAAAGCCUGGAAGUUGCAAUACAAUGUCUGGAGACCACCUUCAAGAUCAGCUCCAGCGACUGCCAUCUCGCCACCCCACAGCCCCUGAGAGAGAUAUUCCACAAUUCCCUACUCAAAAAUGAUAUUGUCGCGCUACCCGAGACGUUUCCUUCUCAGGAGGACAUUGAGACAGCUGAGCAGCUCAAAAAUGAGGGGAACAAUCACAUGAAAGAGGAGAAUUAUAGCAGUGCUGUGGAUUGUUAUACAAAAGCCAUCGAGUUGGACCAAAGAAACGCUGUGUAUUACUGCAACAGGGCUGCGGCUCACAGUAAACUUGGAAACUACACAGAGGCGACAGGUGAUUGUGAGCGAGCAAUUGCAAUCGACCCCUCGUACAGUAAAGCUUAUGGCAGAAUGGGACUAGCACUAACGUCUAUGAGCAAGUAUCCAAGGGCGAUAACAUAUUUUAACAAAGCUCUGGAGUUGGAUCCUGUAAACGACACUUACAAGUCCAACCUGAAUAUAGCGGAGCAGAAACAAAAAGAAGCUUCCAGCCCUACGGCUACUGGACUGGGGUUUGACAUGGCCAGUCUCAUCAAUAACCCUGCAUUCAUUAGCAUGGCAGCAAGCAUGAUGCAAAACCAACCUGUGCAACAACUCAUCCGAGGAAUGAUGUCUAAUGCCGCGAGGGGGCCGGCAGCCGGAGUUGGUGGACUAUAUGACAUAUCCAGUCUCAUUGAAGCUGGGCAGCAGUUUGCUCAGCAGAUCCAGCAGCAGAACCCGGAGCUCAUCGAGCAGCUGAGGAACCACAUCCGAAGUCGCUCCUUCAGCGGCAGUGCCGAGGAAAAUUCCUGAUCCCAACGGUCUAUAUGGGAUCAAGAAUCGAGGGGCGGCAGACAGAAAACAUUGUGAGCGCAAUCCUUUCACCCAUUCUUCUGUUCAGUCGAACCAGUGAUGGGGUGUGGCACUUUAUUUGGGGGUUUCAGGGAUAAAGAGGAAAAAUAUAUCUAACACAUAAAAAUUCAACCUUUACACAGAGAAAAUGUCUUACAUCUGACUUAGGUUUCUUUGUGUUUGUCUGUGUAGAUAAGGUUUUAGUCCUCUGUUACUUUAUAUGAAUGUAGCUGGCAAUGACACAUCAGAGUUUACAUAACAAAAUGUUUGAUCAUGAUGUCAUGUUAGUUGUGAGCCCAUGGUUAUUGAUAUCCAAAAUUUAAAGAGACAGUUUCCUCAAAAAUGAAAAUCCAUAAAUUCUAUCAUGCAUACUGUAUGUCUUUCCAAACCUAUGACUUUCUUUCCUCCUCACAACACAUAAGGUUUGACUAGUCAUAUCAUAAGAUAUAAACAUAUAUUUGCAUUAUUAGGUCAUUAUUAGGUAUUUAUUUCGAGUUAAUAGUAUUAUGUGUAGAAAAAGUCAGUCACUUUAAUUCAGCAAUUUUGUGAACAUGUCAUUAAAUUGUAUAAUAGACCGUUUCAUCAGACGCGCGCGCCAGACUGCAGUUAACUUCCGGUUAGUCAGUGUCUAGAACAGUUAACUUCCGGCUAGCGUCUAAUAAUAUAACUAUUUUCAUUCGAUUUAUAUUCAUAUUAAUGUGUAGUAUUUUUUAUUAUAAUAAUUUUAUUAAGUAAACGACUUGUUAAAUUGUGUUGAAUUUUAAUUCUAUUAAAUAAACAAUUUGUUUUCGUGUUGUUUUUCUCGCAUUUAAAGAAACCGUAUGGUACACUGACAUCUAGUGGUUGAGCUUGGUUAUUGGAAUAUUGGAGAGACAAGUUUGGCCAAGUAUCGGUUCUUCUCGGUUUCUUUUGAUUGUUAUCAGAAAUAAUCUACGGGUACUAUUGUUUGUGAAUGUGUACUGGAACUUUACAGUAUGUUACAGUUACCGUCUACAUAAUUCCAUUGCAUCAGCUGCUUCAAGACAUAAUUGAAUGAAAAAUGAUAUUAAAAAACAUUAAACCUUCUUUAUUUUACUGUCCAUGUUAACUGUUUGAUGCUCCAUUAGUGUUCUAUGUAAAACUCUGACAGGUUUAGACCAAGAAUUGACAGGAUUUUCAUUUUCGGAUGAACUAUCCCUUUAACACAUUUUAAAUUACUUUGACAUAUUUUGUUCGUUUUAGGAACAAGAGGCAUCUGUGUGUGAUAAAUAAUGACUUUAUACAGUACUGUAUCAGCAGCUUCACAAGACUCGUUUCUUUAGUUGUUUAUUCUGUGUUCUCAAUAACAUAAUACGGCUAAUUUAAGUUUAUUUAUGUAUCUUUCAUUAUUAGCAUUUUUUCGUUUGCAUGCUUCAUGAUCUGAUAUUUACAGUCAGAUGAGUGAGUGAAACAUAAGAUGACAUUAAUAAAACAGCUGUUAAAUGUUUUGUCAAGAAAAUAGCAUCAAUAAAGGUGUCAAUAGAUGA